UAGCACUUGGCACUUAUAUCACACGUGCUCGGGCUGGCGAUCUCGCAACUUCUCGCCGUGAAUCCUGCGUGUCUUAUGUCAACAGUACAUUUAGUCUUUGUUGCCAGAUCUGAUUACACCUGCUACCAUGGAACACCAAGUCAUCUGCACUCUGCUAGUCCUGUCGCUAAUCUCGGUGGACCUGUGCUUGGCUGCAUCUACAGAGCCUGAGCAGACGGUUGAGUACUACACCGAACGAUGCCUGGAUGGGAAGUUCCAUAAGGACAAGCCUGGUCCAGAAAGUGCUCUCUUUAGUCAGUGUUCUGCAUGGAAGAAUCGUUCCUGUUGCACGGAAGAGAUCACUGAAGACCUUCACAUCCAGCCCAUAUGGCAUGAUUUCAAAUGGAACCAUUGCGAUACACCCUUGUCUACGACUUGCGAGCAGUGGAUGAGACAGGACCUGUGCUUCUACGAGUGCUCCCCGAACGUCGGCCCAUGGCUUGUACCGCACAACAUCAGCAUCAGGAAUGAGCGUUUCAUGCAUGUGCCGCUGUGUGAGAGCGAGUGCAACGUUUGGUGGGAAGCAUGCCGGGACGACUUCACCUGCAAAGAUAACUGGGCUAAAGGAUGGGAUUGGUCAUCAGGUGAGAAUGAAUGCCCCUCAGAUGCCACAUGCGACACGUUUGAGGCCAAGUUCGGUAACGCUUCAAAUAUGUGUCAGACAAUCUGGAACAAGUCCUACACAGUGGUCCCGGACUCAGAGUCCUGUAUGGUGCUAUGGUUUGACCCGUCCAAAGGAGGAAACCCCAAUGAAGAGGUGGCUCUGGCCAAGGCUCAAGAGCUGACUGGAGAUGCUACGCGACCUGGACCACAGGGAUCCGUGACCCUAGCCAUUGCCAUGAUGACCGUGACAGCACUCCUAGCAACCAGAUGGCAGCAUCAUUAAUGUAGGCUUCUGUGAUGAUGAGAGAUGAUCUUGCCGCAAUAUUCUUCGAGAGCUCUUCUCAACAACAAAUAAAGAAAAAAUGCGAUUGAUUUUAUUACAAUUGGGAAAGUCCAAGGUAUUUGUGUCAUAUGUUACUAACCUGAUGGAUUAAGAAGGAAAAUGAUUGUUGUGAUGUAAUUUUGGGGGUGUGUAUUUCUCUUUAUUCUUGGUAUCAUAUGGAAGAGCUAAUAACCAAAUACCUUGGACUUGUAAGUGAUUUUGAUUGUGUCUUAAUCAAACCUAUCCUUAAUCGGUCUUCCUUUUAUAUUUGUGAAAUUUUAAGCAAUGAACAUCGUAUUGUAAGAAGAAGGAGUGCAUUUUAAUCAAAUGUGAAAUAAUAUGCUGCAUAAUUUUGUUUGAUGGUGGUCGGGGAAGGAAAGGAGGGAGGAGAUUUGUGAUGUGCAAAAGUGUGCUUUCUAUUUGAGGCUCUUUCAUGAA